UUUUUAAUAUAUACAGAUUCUCAAUUUCCCUGAUCUCGUGCCCUCUCUCUCUCUCUCUUUCUUCAAGCCCACCGGAGAAAGGUUAUGUCUGCGACUGCGACGAAUGUUCAACCAACCGAUUACCACCUAAACCAGUGGUCAACCGAAGAAGACGAUGCUUCUGUGAUGGAAGCUUUCAUCAGCUCCGAACACUCUUCUCUUUGGCCUCAACCACCUCUCACUCCUCCUCAGGUCACCCAAGAAGACACUCUCCAGCAACGCCUCCAAGCUUUAAUCGAAGGCGCUAGAGAAAGCUGGACAUACGCCGUGUUCUGGCAACUAUCCCACGAAGAAGACAGCAACAACACUGCGUUGCUAGGCUGGGGCGAUGGUUACUACAAAGGCGAAGAAGAGAUGAAACAGAGGAAGAAGAAGAAGAAACAGAGCAGCUCUGUUAGUGCGGCGGAGCAAGAGCAUCGGAAGAGUGUGAUCCGAGAACUCAACUCUCUGAUCUCCGGCGUCGGAGGAGGAGGGAGUGUAUCCUCCUCCGACGAAGCGGGAGAUGAAGACGUGACGGACACGGAAUGGUUCUUCUUGGUUUCGAUGACGCAGAGCUUCUUCAUCAACGGCUCUGGUUUGCCCGGGCGAGCUUUCUCGAACUCGCGGACCAUUUGGCUCUCUGGUUCGAACGCAUUAGCUGGUUCGAGCUGCGAGAGAGCUCGUCAAGGUCAGGUUUACGGGUUAGAGACUAUGGUUUACGUACCGACGGAAAACGGCGUCGUUGAGCUUGGCUCAUCGGAGGUUAUACAUCAAAGCUCGGAGCUUGUUGAGAAAGUCAACACCUUUUUCAGUUUCAACAAUGGUGGUGGUGGUGGUGGAGGUGAGUCCGGUUCUUGGACGUUUAAUUUGAAUCCGGAUCAAGGAGAGAAUGAUCCGGUUAUUUGGAUUAAUGAACCGGAUUUAACCGGAAUUGAACCGGUUCUUGGAGCUCCGGCAGCUUCUAACUCUGAAUCUCAGACAGCUUCGAAGCUUUGUAAUGGAAGCUCAGUGCAGAACCCGCAGAUCUCGAGUAUUGGGUUUGUGGAGGGAGACAGUGACAAGAAGAGAUGUUUGGUUUCAGACAAGGAAGAGGAGAAGCUGUCUUUUACUUCUGUUCUUCCAUUGCCUGCGAAAUCUAACGACUCUAAUCACUCUGAUCUCGAAGCUUCGGUUGCUAAAGGACCACCGGAGAGUGGUAGAAUCGUGGUUGAACCGGAGAAGAAACCGAGAAAGCGAGGGAGAAAACCGGCUAACGGUAGAGAGGAGCCUUUGAAUCAUGUUGAAGCAGAGAGACAGAGAAGAGAGAAGUUGAACCAGAGAUUCUACUCUUUAAGAGCUGUGGUUCCUAAUGUCUCUAAGAUGGAUAAAGCUUCUCUUCUAGGAGACGCGAUUUCGUAUAUCAAUGAGCUUAAAGCUAAGCUGCAAAAGGCUGAGUCUGAUAAAGAAGAGUUGAAGAAGCAGAUUGAUGGGAUGAGCAAAGAGGUGGGGGAUGGGAAUGUGAAAAUUUUGGUUAAAGAUCAGAAGUGUGUGGAUCAAGAUUCAGGUGUGUCGGUAGAGGUGGAGAUCGAUGUGAAGAUCAUUGGUUGGGAUGCAAUGAUACGGAUCCAAUGCGGUAAGAAGAAUCAUCCUGGUGCUAAGUUUAUGGAAGCACUCAAGGAGUUGGAUUUGGAAGUGAAUCAUGCGAGUUUAUCGGUUGUGAAUGAGUUCAUGAUCCAACAAGCUACUGUGAAGAUGGGGAAUCAGUUUUUCACGCAGGAUCAGCUCAAGGCUGCUCUAGUGGAGAGAGUUUGAGAAGGCCCAUGCAAGAAAAGUUGGCAUCCCAUGUGAUUGUAAUGUAAAAUGUAUUGUUUAAGGGUAAUUUUGCAGCAGAGCACCCAACUUGUUUAUUGAUGCUUUGUUAGAGAAGUUUUAAAGUUUAGUAGUUUGAUGGUAAUUAGUAGCUUUGACUAGUUUGGGAUUUAAGGUUUUCAUGAGAUUAAGGUGUAUUUGGUUAUGUUUGGUUCAUGUAUUUGCGUAUGUACAUAUUGUGUAAUGAAAAUAAGGAUUUCUUUGUUAUGAAUAAAAUCAAAAUGGG